CGUGUAAAUUGGACGGAUUAGCCCUCAACGUCCCGUGAGAGAACGUCUUUUCAUUUAUUUAUUUAUUUAUUUAUUUAUUUGCUUGCAUGGGGUUGUGUUCUGCAGUAGAAUGCGUUGUUUCGUGUUAACUAAAUAGUCUUUGCUUUGGAAAGUACAGUCUGCCUGAAAAGACUUCUGAAUGAUACCCCUCUGCUGGUAUGCAACGAAAAGAUGCUCAGAGCGAUGCAUUACUCCCCGUUGGUCAACCAUCUCAAUGAGGCCCCAGUGUCUGAAGAGUCCUCGGAUGAGGAUGAUAAAGAAUGUGAGACCUGCAGGUCAACGGGAGCCAAUGAGAGCUCUUCUAACAGUGACCUCAGUGCUGAGAACACGUGCCGACCCCCAGGCAUCAACAACGAAGAUUCCUGUGAGCCGAUACUAUCUGAGGAGAGCAAGGUGCUGCUGGGGGAGCAGAUUAAACAGAUCUCCAUGCACUUUCCUCCAAGACUCACGGCAUGCACUUGGACCCUGGAGUACAGCACCAUGAAGCAUGGAACCAGCCUGAGGACCCUGUACAGAUCUAUGCAUGGGUUGGAUUGCUCCACAUUUAUAGUCAUUAAAGAUACCGAUGGCCAGGUGUUUGGUGCCUUCUGUUCCAGUCCAUUGAGGGUCAGUGACUGUUUCUAUGGAACGGGAGAGACUUUUCUUUUCUCUUUCUCACCAGAACUUCAGGUGUUUAAAUGGACAAGCGAAAACUCCUUCUUUGUAAAAGGGAAUCUGGAUUCUUUUGCUUUUGGGGGAGGGAGGGGUAUUUUUGGAUUAUGGCUGGAUGGAGACCUCUAUCAUGGAAGAAGCCAUACGUGUGAUACUUUUAACAACGACAUUUUGUCUAAAACAGAAGAUUUCUUUGUGCAUGUCAUGGAAGCAUGGGCUCUUAAGUGACGAAGUGUAAUGUAACAGAAACUGGGAUUCACAGGAUCACUUUUGAUCCACGGAGGCCAGCACUGAAUACAGCGCUUACUGUACUUGCAGAGAGAUAAAAGCAGGAUUUGAAAUUGUGACAGAAUUCAUUCUACGAGAAGACAGAGCAACAGGUGUUAUUGUACUUUUUUUAUAAGCAGUAACACAAUAUGAGCCAAAAUACAUACAGUAAGUUUUUGAUCUAAAGUUAUGUGCUUCACUAAAGAGGGGACGGCAGCAAUACAAUAACAGCACAACCAAUGAAACAUCCAGCAUAUUCAGUGCUGUACCACUCUCUGUACAAAUUGUCAUUCAAAGGGCUUGCUCAAUAACAGUAGCAAUCAACCUUGCAAAUUCAGUGCUUAUAAGCGAAUGUACCAGAAAAGAAGUUAUAUGCAGCUUGUGUUUUCUGGUUAUUCUUAUGUAAAAAUGCAAUUUGUUCAAUUGGAAUUGAUUUACAGUUGAAAUGCAGGGCAUUAUUUGCAUAAAUUGCAAGUGCUAAGUUUUUGCUUGCAGUUUUGUUUUAUAAAUCGCCCUGUAUAGCCUGGGCUUCCUAAGCUCUCUAAUAGGGUGCCUAAUCAUUAUAGAUCACUGCGAUAUAGGGCUGCAUGGAAAGCUGUUGAGCAGCACUAGCACUGUAAAUGAUUCACAGGUUUCUUUUCUUAUCGAAGAGUAGUAGAACUAGUAGUAGUCUUUCAUGCUCAAAAAUAAACACACAUAUUAAAUAUUU